GCAGCAGUAUCGAGCGGGGGCUGCCUCCCUCUCCGCGCUGAGAGAAGGAGGGAGCGCCUCGCCUCGCCGUGCCACCCGCCUCGCCGCCGCCAUGCUGCCCGGGGUGGGGGUGUUCGGCACCGGGCUGACGGCGCGGGUGAUCGUGCCGCUGCUGAAGGCGGAGGGCUUCGCCGUGAAGGCGCUGUGGGGCCGCACGCCCGAGGAGGCGGAGGAGCUGGCCAAGGAGAUGAGCGUCCCCUUCUACACCAGCCGCAUCGACGAGGUGCUGCUGCACCAGGAUGUCGACCUGGUCUGCGUCAACCUGCCGCCGCCGCUCACUCGGCAGGUCGCCGUCAAGACCCUGGGCAUUGGGAAAAAUGUCAUCUGUGACCGAACGGCAACUCCCCUGGAUGCCUUUAGGAUGAUGACUGCGGCUCAUUAUUACCCAAAGCUCAUGAGCAUCAUGGGGAACGUUUUGCGCUUCCUGCCUGCUUUUGUGAAGAUGAAGCAGCUGAUCCAGGAGGGUUAUGUGGGGGAGCUGCUGGUGUGUGAGGUGCAGGUCCACAGUGGGAGCCUGCUGGGCAAGAAGUACAACUGGAGCUGUGAUGACCUGAUGGGAGGCGGGGGCUUGCACUCGGUCGGCACCUACAUCAUCGACCUGCUGACCUUCCUCACCAGCCAGAAGGCUGUGAAGGUGCACGGGUUGCUCAAGACCUUUGUGAAGCAGACGGACCACAUCAAGGGCAUCCGGCAGAUCACCAGUGAUGACUUCUGUACGUUUCAGAUGGUCCUGGAAGGGGGCGUGUGCUGCACGGUGACACUCAACUUCAACAUCCCAGGGGAGUUCAAACAGGACAUCAUUGUGGUGGGCUCAGCGGGACGGCUCAUUGUGAUAGGCACUGAUCUCUACGGACAGAGCAACAGCUCUCCUCAGCGGGAGCUCCUGCUGAAGGACUCCACGCCAGUCAGCAACUCCUUGCUUCCGGAGAAAGCCUUCAGUGACAUCCCAUCCCCCUACCUGCGGGGCACCAUUAAGAUGGUCCAGGCUGUCCGGCAGGCCUUUGAGGACCAGGACGACAGGAGGACCUGGGACGGGAGGCCCCUUACGAUGGCUGCCACUUUUGACGACUGUCUGUAUGCCCUGUGUGUGGUGGACACCAUUAAAAAGUCAAACCAGCUGGGGGAGUGGCAGAACAUUUCAAUCAUGACUGAGGAGCCAGAACUGAGCCCGGCAUACUUGAUCAGCGAAGCCAUGCGGAAGAGCAGGAUGUCCCUGUACUGCUAGCUCCUCUGAGCUACUAGGAAUGAAUAGGAAACAGACAGCUCUUGAAGGAGAUGGUAAUUCAGCCCCUUUGAAGGGCCUGGGUGUCAUAGCUGAGGAUUACAGGAGAAGGAAAUACAGUGUCUGGAUCAAUUAAAUCUGUUGGCAGCUAAAUGCCAAACUGAUGUGAUCCUUCGAAAUGCCCAAAACAGACAGGAGAUGUAAGAGCUGAUAAACUUAACUGUUUUAAUAACAGUAUUAGCUGGCUGAUUGCAAAGAUAUAUCAUGGACUCAUGCCCUGCUUGCAGGUGCUUUAGAUUUUCCAGUUGUGUUUACUGUGAAAGGUUGGGAAGAUCCUUUUAGAUUUUCCUUGCCUACCAGAGGGCUGUGAAGGUACUGUCAUGUCAUUAAAUUUUCUGUAGUGUCUGAUAUGAAUGGUUCCCACCAUGACAGCUGACACCACCAUGCUGUAUUACUACACCUCCAACCAACACACAGAAUAACAGGACUUGAUGUGAAAGUGUUGCAGGAUUCAGAAAACCUUUGCAGCUCACUUUUCAUACAGCCUGUUAGGAGCUUCUCUGUGUUGGUUUAGUAGU